ACUGUAACAAAACGUUGCUAGGCAACGGUACCACGCUGCAGCAGCACAAAACUGCGUAAGCAAUGGAAACAAAAGGUACCGAAUACACACACACACACACAAACGAACACACAGGUGGUAGUGGGAAAAAAGGUGCACACAGGUGCCGACUGAUCGCAGCCACCAGCCGGGUGCCAUUCGCCGAACGACUGCUGGCCGCAUCAGAUGGGACUGCGCGAGCCCUCCAAAGAGAAGAGCACGUCCAGAUUGGAAAACAAAAGCCGCUAACGACCCCUUGGUGUGUGUGUGUGUGUGUGUGUGAGUGGCGUGUGUGACGGCUGCGCGCGUUCGUUUGAAUGUGAGUGCGCGGCGGAUUCGCGUUGAAGAUUCGGUCAUCCUUGCUUAAGCCGGCGCUAGAGAUGCUGAAAUAAGCGUGAAUCCAACAAGAACGCAUACGCGACCGAAUCUAUGCUCUGGGUGACCCACAUCUUAGACCCUCGGGGCUAAUUUUGAAGUGUUUUUAAAUCGGUGAUUACACGCCACACACAGACACGCCGGAAACGGAACAUCGUGGAACACGUGUAGCUGCCUGUUUGUGUGUGUGUGUGCGUGACACGUGGUUGCGGUCCGUAACAACGGCGUUCGACAGGUCGAAAUAGGCGACGAGCACGCCCGCCCGUCCGAAGAUGGGACUGCUUGAGUGGAUCAAAAAAGACAAGCGCCACCGGCGGCGGGACAGUGCUCCCCCGAAGGUGGGCCAAGUGCAAGAUCUAGCCUACCUGGAAGCGUUGGCCAAAUUCAACGACUGGCGGGCACAGCAGCGCAACAGCGACAUCCACUCCGAACCGAAAACCCCAACCGGCCAGCUGCACGCGACACUUCCGCCGAGAAUUACACUGUCCGCACACGGCACCAUCAAGGAGGAAGCUUCCGAUCACGACGACAGCGACGAUGGCGAUUUCAGCUCGGACAUCGAGCUGGCACGGGACGAGCGGAUGAUACUGAACCGUUCGGCAAGCCGGUUCGAGGUGCCCAAAUCCCCACGCUACGCACGUCACCAUCGAUCCGCGACGACUGGCGCCCCGCCCGGGACGCCUUGCUCGCUGCUGACGGACGCAGCAGCGCCCAAGAAACCGAAGCGCUCGGUCGAGUUCUAUCGUAACAUCAACCGCAUCCCGACGGACACCUCGUCCAACGCCUCGUCCCAGCACUGCACCAGUCAGUGGAACAACAACGGCAAAACGAUCGAGAAAAAUCAUUCCAAUCCGAGCGAUACGCGCUUUUCCCUUCCGGCGGUGCUUGUCUCGGACCCGACCGACCGGCUGCGGAAGCGCACGAAAGCUACUGCCACGCCGAAACCAAACAACACGAUCUACGAGAACGAGGUGGCCGAGUUUGAAGCACACCACAUCAACGGCACGUUUGGUGAUUCGUACAUGGUGCAGAGCCCGCCGCGCCUGUUCUACAAAGCGAACGCCAGCCCGUACGCUGACGGGACGCCCAAAAAGCAGAGCAAUUUGAAGGCCCGCCCACGUGUGUUUAAAGACAAGCCAGCACCGGCACCGCCCACCGUGGGCGCUCAGUCGUCAGCCCCAACAGCGUCCGUCAGGCUGUCGAGCUGUCUGCCGAAACAACGCCACCACAGUGAUUCCGAUUCACCGCUGACGGGAUCGUACCGGAAGUACGAGCUAAACUCAUCCUCCGUGUACGACGAGCACGUCAUCUCGUCGCGCGCCUACCGUGGCUCGAUGAAGCCCGCCAGUGCUCAAGAAGAACGAGCACCUGCAUCAUCAAAGCAGCGACACAAAUCCCUUUCCUACCAGACGAUCGUCAACAAGCACGGAGAUCUGGUCGAUUACGCACUGCCGUUCAGUGACAACGCGGACACGACGGCCGAGACCAAGCCGGAUCAAAACAACUCCAAGCAUCUUACGCCCGGGCAGGACACGCUGGCCGAGAUACGCAACUGCGAGCAGCUGAUAAACGAAAACUUUCAGUUUCUGCAAACGACCGCCUUCCACGAUGACUCUACCAGCAUCAUCAUCGAGCCGAUCAGUGUGCUGAAGGGCAGAUCGCGACGCAUCAUUACCGAUCUCGAUCGUUCGAGUGCGAGCACGCUGAAGGAGGACGAGGACGAGCCGCUCGACCAGCAGCAGGACCGGGAACGGCUCGAGAUGGAGCGUGUGGACGAGAUGCUGGAAACCCGCCAGCGGGAGAUCGAUGCCCAGCUGGCCCAACUCGCACUGCAGGACGAUCCGCAGGACAUUCUGCUCGAGCUGGAUUCGCUGCAGAAGUGGAGCAAAAACAUCCAGAUGUCAGACGACUUCCUGCAGACGCGCUACUCGGAGCAAAAUCUGCUGGAAAGCUUCCGGCGCACCAUUGGCAGCAAUCUGUUGACGUGCUUCCCGAACGAGGUGCGCUACCGGGUUGGUUGCCUGCGCAGUGCCUUCGCCUGCCCGCUAGAGUUUUCGUGCGGACUGUUCCGCGGCGGAGCGGUGACCCUGCGCAAGUACUCGCUGAACAUGGAGCGUAGUCUGUACUUUGCGGAAGAAGCUUGCAGGCGAGACUUUGAGGUGCUGUCGCAGGUCCGUCACCCGACGAUGGCAACGCUGAUGGCCGUGUCGUACGAUUCGGCUUUGAACCAGGCUACGCUACUGCUGGAACCGUUCGAUUUUACGCUCUUUGAUUACAUCCACAAAAUGAAUAAGCGCUUGUCGCUGAUUCAUGCAACUACAGUGGUGCAGCAAAUCUCAUCUGCCGUUUGCUAUCUGCAGGAGUGCGGCUACAUACACUCCAACAUAUCUAGCGGCUGCAUCCUGAUGCGCCGCUACCCGUACUCCGUCAAGCUAACCUCGUUCGAGCUGACGACGGAUGCGUCCUCGGACGAGGUGCGGCGUGAGAUUGAGAAUCGGUACGGCAGCACCUCCUCGUCCCGCAACUCAAUGACGUCGUCGCAGCACGACGAGCUCAAAAAGAUCACCACCUACGCGCGGCUGAUCAAGAACGACGAGCAGUUCCUGCGCGACAAGUACCGCAAGCUCUCGUCGGAGGUGUGCGAAACGCGCUUCAAACCAUCCCACGCCGCACAGCUUUCGUUCGGCGAAGGUUCGGGCUACGACUGCCGGGCGAGCCGAUUCCUUCCCUACUGCAAGGAAUACCGGGAGAAGUUUUCGCUCUUCUACUACGUGGCACCCGAGCUGCUGAUCCCGAAGGCGAGCUUCGUCUAUCCGAGCAAGAGCACCGACGUCUACUCGAUCGCGCUCCUGCUGUGGGAAAUCCUGAACGGGUACGUCCCGUUCGUCGUGUACAAUAGGGCCGAGCUGGAGAAGCUGCACACCUCCGCCGAUCUGCCACUGCCGAUGUUUGAAAAGGAGCGGUGCGAGCGGUUCCGCCAGAUUUUCGAAGGCGGACUGGGGGAUCUGAACAGUAGGAAAAUUACCAUGGGCAACGUGGCCGACCUGCUGGACUGUCUGCUGCUCGAGCUGGGGAUGGAGAAGAACGGCACGUACGACUGGCUGGCGGAGGAUUACGAGGAGCACGCUAACUCGUCGGAAGUGCGGCUCAAGAAUGAGCUGAAUGACGUAAGAAAGCAGAGCGCACACAUCGAGAAGGCGGACAAGAUCUACUUCCACACGGAGGAAUCGGAGCUAGCGAAAACACCAAAGCAGCUUCCGAAAAAACCGGUUCGGAAAAUCAACAAGGUGAAAGUGUCCCCACAGGCUCACCAGCAGCCAGAGGUUCCCUCCCAACCGAGUGGCAAGGAACGGCCACCGGUGCUAGACAAAAAGUCGCCGCUCAGCUCAACCUUCAGCCUGUCCAACUCAGCAAUCUAUCAAACGAUCUUUGAUUUUAACAAUAAAUUCCUCUCGCCCAAAUCGUCCUCCAAGCAGGUGAUCUAUGAUCGUACCAGCACGGUGAAAAAGCACAAGAAACCACCGCGUGCCAACAAGAAGGCGGCCAAGGAGCUGUUUGAGGUGCAGCAUCAGCUUAACAAAAGCUUCAUCGAACAGAACGAUCAAGAUGGGGUGCAACAUAACAGGGACAGUUCAGAGGGCAAAUUCCUCGACAGUGUGCAAAAGGACAGCUCUACCACAAAAUCAUUGGAGCAAAUUAUUUCCGACCCGCCGCAAAUAAAUCUACAGCCCGUGCGGCCUUCGUGUAGCGAUAGCGAGGAUAAGGGCACGCCGCUGCAGCGCAAUCAUCCGUCGAAAUCUUGCGACAGCUCGCCCGGCACCAGGCGCCGCAGCAUUACGCCGAAGCUGAACAACUCGUUCCGUUUCACGAUCGGCGAUUUUACCCUACCGGACACGCCGAUAGCGCGUAAAAACAAGAUACGCAAGCAUGCCUGGCUGUCCGACCAGAAGCUGCGCAUGGCGGAGGAAUCGCAACCCGCCACACCGGAGGACUGCCGCAGCAAGUCGUUCUUUAACGCCGAGCUGGCCGCUCGCAGUGGCUCCUUUCUGACCUCCACCAAUCUGAACUGCUCCACGUCGCUGCAGGACAUCAAGCCGAAGCGCAUUAACAUCAGCGUUAACAUUAUACGCUCGCCGGAACCACGGCCGACAACUGUGACGGUAAGGAAGAGCUGCACGCCGGCACUGAUCGUUGAAGGAGGAACACCGUACGAGGAAACGCUGUGGAAGAAGGAGAAAUUAAUUUGCGAACGUAGUCAGCUGCCCGUGGCGGAGGAACUGAAAGAAGCAAAGCAGGACAGUCAGUUGCCCGAAGAGCUGCAGCAGGAGGAGAAAACUGGUGGAUCGUUGGAUGAUUCCUUGAGUGUUGUGACGGCGCAUCUUUCGUCGGUGCGUGAUGUUAUUAAAAAGAUUGAAACAACGUUUGAAAAAACUGGAUUCGAUUACAGUCCGGUAAGAAAGAUGGAGGGCUCCGCCAAGAAACCGUCGUGUGAAGGAGGCUCAAGAAGGGGCGGUGAAGGAUCGCUGGUUGUGGAGGAAAAUUUGCUCGUUCCCACUAGAGUGCUGGAAUUGGAGAAGACGCUAGAAGCGGAGGAAACGUCCAUGAUGAAGGAAACCCAACACGAAAGAGAGGCGACAGGAGCUGAAGCCAUCGCGCAAGAAUUCUCACCCGUUCCUAUUCCUGCUCCACCACCAUCACCGCCUGCAUCAGCGUCUCCGAAGAUCUCCGGCAUAUCUCAUCUCAAUGUACUGCUGGCAAACCAUCGCUCGAAACCAAAAGAACCUGCUGCUCCGGUAUCACCGGCCGAGCUACAGCAAGCUGCGGCAGUACUACCAGUUGCCGAAGAAGCACAACGAGCUCCAGAGGCGGUGGAGAACAUGCCGGCCCCAACACCCAUGGCCGUGACAUUCGCUCCCAACUCACAGCUGUACCUUCGCCGGAAGGCACUCAAUGGCGGCGGAAACAGUGUCGCCACCAUUCACCAUCAGCAAACGGUGUACAGGGAAAGCGUUGUAUCGAGCACGGAGCGAUUAGCGGGAACGUUCGUAGAGCCAUCGCUGGCCGCAACGACGACGACCACCACUACCGCAACCUCCACGGCAAUACCACCGGGCAGUGCACGCAAGAAGAAGCUAACGACACGUGUCACGGUCAAUAUGCGUAAGAUAUCGCGCCGAGCAUCGGACAUCAGUCCAGCAUCUUCUCGCCCCAACUCUGCCAACCUGGACGAUGUCGAUCUUCCGUCGUCCGGAUGCAUUACACCGACAGGAAAUGGGCAAGGAUGUGGCGUUAGCACCGUACGCCAUUCCUGUGGCAAUGAGCUGUUGCGAGCCUUUUCCAAGCUAAGACUGAUUGCAUCGGAAGAACAGCCAGCAAAGCCCACCAGUAACGAUCCAAACGGACGUUCCGUAACACCCGGCACGCAUCAAAUUAACGUUGGCGCUGCCAGCAGAAUCGAUCGUCUCGUGUGCUGCAACUGUGGCAACUCGAUGGUACCGGCCGAAGGGCUUAAUGUACCCGCCGGAAGCCGGAUCGGUAUGACGGCCGCGUUCGGAGAGAUGAACUUCCCACGGGAAAGCUUUGUGUCCAUGUUUGAGCCUCCGAUGACACCGACACCAGGCAGUGCUAUGGCUGGGCGGUUCCAUUCGAUGACCCCAUUCCAGAAAUCAACCGAAGACCUUUAUAUCGAUGAUGACUUCUGCCAGGGACUGAACCAUAUGGGUGCUAACAUGGAGCUGGUUGAGCCGCUCGAUGAAGGGCAGUACCUCGACACGUACGGAUACGACAUUUACGCUACCGAGAUCUAUCACGCAGAGGAGGAAGAGGAGCUCGAGGAUGGCCACGAUGCCGAGCAUUUCACCUUCCCCGGACACACUGCUGCUGCUGUUGCAAGCGCCGAAAGUACGGACGAUGAAGCCAAAUUUCUCGAAAAAUGCUCCCUGCUCAAUUCCCAAACACUGACGGCUGAGUUUGCUACCUUAGCGUCUCCGAUCGACUGUGAUCCGGUUCAUCCAGCAGCGUUUGGGCCGGAAACAUUGCCCACUGAGCAAACAGAACAGUGAUACGGCCGAACAUCUAAAUGCAUGGGAGGUUUUGCAAACUAUGUGUAAAUAAGUAUAAGAUAGAGAGAGAGAAAGAGAGGACGAGAGAGAGAGAGAGGGAGAGGACACGAGAGAGAGAGAGAGAGAGAGAGAGAGAGAGAGAGAGAGAAAAUUCAUCAUAAAACUAGGACACUCGAGCUUUGCUAAGAGUUCGAACGAGUUAAAUCAUGUUCGAAACGAUCGUUCAACCAUAAACCACUCAUAUACCAAGUAUUACAUAUAUCCCACGACCCUGUCGAAAUCGGUCCAAAUGAAGUCUUUUAUGUUAAGAGCA